AGCAGGACUGGCGUUGACGGCGCAGCUGAGGAUCACGUCGCUCGUGCUUUGGGGCACAUGGAUGCCAAACCGCAGGAUCACACCCACCAACAGGCCUUCAGGGAGGAGAAGAAAAGACAGGAGGUGAAGGCAAAGAAGGAAACAAGUCUGUGAUAGUCGAAAGCAGCCCAGUGACACGCAGAUGUAGAAGUAGAAGUUCACCAGUGCUGACAUCCUGUUUCUGUCCCCAACGAUGUCGACUUCACUGCUUGUGUUUCUCUGCCUGAUCGGACAUGUGUUUGCCAAAAAGCCUCCAGAUGUGGACUGUUUGGUGGUGCAUCUGCAACAUGUUCACUGUUCCUGGAAUCAACAGGAGGCUCCAGAAGUCAAUUACACCUUCUCCAGCUGGUUCCAUCAUGAAAACGAAAACGAGUGCGCCACCUAUCUGUCAGAGAAUGGAAUCAACACGGGAUGCAACCAGCCCUAUGAGGAAACCAAAAGAUUCACCUCAUUUUACACCAAACUAGCACAUGGCAAUGAAACUUUUCGCAAGACGCAUGAACUGAAAAGUAAAGUCAAGUUAAAUCCACCAAGCAACCUGACUGUGAAGAAUGGAUCUGAUUUCAACCUGUGGUUUUACUGGAACCAGACUAAAUCCCACUGUGUGGAGAGUGAAGUCGUCUACAAGAUAAACGACAGGACGGAGCAGCGUUUUCCAGUCAGUGAUGGGGUCCAGAACUACUGCAUCAACUUGCCCUCCAGUUCCUCCCGAUAUGAGCUGCGAGUGCGGAGCAGAUUGGAUAGCAGCUGUGGACAGUCUAUCUUCUGGAGCGACUGGAGUGAGCCUGUGGUCUGGGGAUCCAACAAUGGCACAGACACAAAUCAGCCUUCGCCUAUGUCUGUGUGGACACCAGUGUUGUAUGUGGUGGGCGCCCUCACGCUCAUCCUACUGGUCAUAAUAUUACUGCACCAUGAAAGGUUCAGAAUCAUCAUCAUCCCCGUGAUCCCCAAGCCAUCGCUGAUCCCUCAAGACAUCGAGGGUUGGUUUCAUUCGUCCAAAGGCCUGAAAGAGAGUUUUAAAGCUAACUACAAUGAGCGUGCCUGCCCUGUCCGUGAGUACUGCAACAUCUCUCAGUCUGACAGCGAGAGCUCUGGCAGCUCCACUUCUUCUGUCAACACCGACCAAACGGUCUGAUUCGUCUUCUCCAUCUCUGCGAAUGAACCAGAAGAACCGUCUACUGCCUUUUUAUCUCCCACCUUUACAAUCUAACCUGAGGAGGAGCAGCAAGGUUCUGUUAGGAGGCGUCUAAAUAAGGGUUCAGCUGUGUCAAAAGUCUGACACAUCUGCUGCUUGAAAUGCAAAGAUCUGAAAACUGAUGAAUUG